AUGAAAGGAUUCACACAAGAGAAAACUUUCAUAUGUACAGAGUGUGGAAAAUGUUUUACACAAAUAAGUCAUCUGGAAUGUCAUAAAAGGAUUCACACAGGAGAAAAGCCUUUCACAUGUACAGAGUGUGAAAAAAGUUUUACACAAAAGAGUCAUCUGAAGAUUCAUGAAAGGAGUCACACAGGAGAAAAGCCUUUCACAUGUACAGAGUGUGGAAAAGGAUUUAUAAGCAAAACUAAUCUGGAAAUUCAUGAAAGGAAUCACACAGGAGCAAAGCCUUUCACAUGUACAGAGUGUGGGAAAAGGUUUACACGAAUAGAUAACAUGACAGCUCAUGAAAGGAUUCACACAGGGGAAAAGCCUUUCACAUGUACAGAGUGUGGAAAAGGAUUUACAACCAAGACUAAUCUAAAAAAGCAUGAAAGAAAUCACACAGGAGCAAAGCCUUUCACAUGUACAGAGUGUGGAAAAAGGUUUACACGAAUAGAUAAUAUGAAAGCUCAUGAAAGGAGUCACACAGGGGAAAAGCCUUUCACAUGUACAGAGUGUGGAAAAGGAUUUACAAGCAAGACUAAUCUGAGAAUUCAUGAAAGGAAUCACACAGGAGAAAAGCCUUUCACAUGUACAGAGUGUGGAAAAAGUUUUACACAAAUAAAUUAUCUGAAAAAUCAUGAAGUAGUACAGGACUAA